AUGAGUCGCUCCUUCGAAGACCACCCCCCCGCAAGAGACCAAGAUGACCACGACGCCGACUCGGACGCUCUCUUCGACGCGCUAGAGAACGAGGACGACACAGCCUAUCGCGCACACCGAAUUGAGCAACUCAAUGCGGAAUUUGCCUCGGCCCAAAACAACAAGAACAACAAUGACAGCCGCACUCGCGACCACACCAUCCUCGAAGACAGUCUGUACCCGACCAUCUCCAGCGAUCAAGCCCUCCUAGACUUUACCACGCAGACCCAUCGAUGCGUGAUUCACUUUGCGCACCCGGAUUUCGCGCGCUGCGGCACAAUGGACGAGCAUAUUCGAGCGCUAGCAACCCGACACCAUGAGGUACGCUUUGCUCGGGUGGAUGUACGGAACACGCCGUUUGUCGUGGAGCGGUUGAAGAUCCGGGUGCUUCCAUGUGUGAUUGGAUUCAAGGAUGGGGUUGGGGUUGAGCGCGUGACUGGGUUUGAGGGGCUAGGAUCGGGUGGUCGGGAUGGAACAGAUGGGUUUAGCACUGCUACGUUGGAGAAAAGGUUGAUUUGGAAGGGAAUCCUUGCUCAGGAGAAGUUCGGGGCUGGUGAUGGGGCGUCUGAUGGAUCGGAAGAUGAUGAUAGUGAUGGCGGAGAGCGCAGAGAUCGGGGGAAGCGGUCGAUUCGGACGGGCAACGCGAGGAGUUAUAGGCAUGCUGAUGACGAUGAUGACGACUGGGAUUGA